CGUUCUAUACUUUAUAAAAUCCUUAAGGAAGAGCAGAAUAAAGUCUCAUCAAAUCUGCAGGAAUGUCUCAAGCAGAGCUCAGAAGAUGUGCAGCUUUCAGUUACUCACAUCAAACAGAUUAUCAGUAUUCUGAGAGACUUCAUCCGCUCCCCAGAGCACAGGGUCAUGGCCUCCACAAUCUCCAAACUAAAAGUGGACUUGGACUUUGACAGCACAUCUAUAAAUCAAAUCCAGCUGGUCUUGUUUGGGUUUCAAGAUGCAGUCAACAAAGUCUUAAGGAAUCACUUAAUCCGGCCACACUGGAUGUUUGCUAUGGACAAUAUCAUUCGGCGAGCGGUGCAGGCAGCUGUCACUAUUCUCAUUCCUGAGCUCAGAACACAUUUGGGGCCAGCGUCAGAGAGUGAAGGAGUGGACAAAGAAGUUGAAGAUGAAGAUUACCAACCAGUACAACAGCACAACUCAGAGGAGGUUGUCCAUACAUCAGGGGUCAGCACCAUGAGCUCCCUGGUUUCACAUGACACCCAAAGCCAGCAGUUAAACCUACAGCUUGGAAGACUCAGACAAGAGACCAAUAGGUUAUUAGAAGACCUGGUACAGAAAGAACGGGAAUACCAGUUUUUGUUAAAACAGUGUUUGGAACAGAGAAGUCAUGACUUGCAUUUACUUCAGAUAAAAUCAAGCAUGGAUAACCCAAGAUCUGCGUCUUAUGUGUCAAUUGGCAUUAACAGAGACCAAGAGUUGGUGGAAUGGCUGAGGCAGCAGGGUACAGCAGAGGAUGUGAUUGAACAAUUUAUUGAAGAAGGCUACACGCUUUAUGAUGUUCUGCAUGAAGUCACCAAAGAAGACCUGAAAAACCUUAGACUCAGGGGUGGACCGUUGUGCCGGUUAUGGAAAGCUAUCUCCAAGUACAGAAAGCCGAAUAAAAUUGAAGUCAAUUAUUAG